CCUACCGGGGGUUACCGUCGAGGGUUUUUAUAUCCACGUUAUGUUGGUUAAGAGGGAGAAAAGGUGACGUUUUGUUAUCACCGACCGUCUGUUGUUGACUGCGAGCUGAAGGGAGCUAAGCUAGCUUGCUGAAGUUUAAGUUUGCAGAGCUACAGACGCGGUAUUAAUGCAUUUAUAUUCAGUUUGUGCUUUUACUACAAGAUGGACGAGUACAUGGUGCGUUCAGGGGGGAGGUUAUCAGCCGGACAUCGGCAUGCAUCAUGGGACAUUUCGAUGUCGCCUGAGAGGCUGUGGAGUGGAUGUGUUUUCGGUGUGAUAUCGUUAAAUAUCAACCAGCCUUGGGUGCCGUGUCUGGUCCCCGGUCUUUGUGUGAGUCUUUAGUGGGAGCACCGGUUAUAACUGGUGGUGGUGGCGGUGUGUUUUUUUGUGUAAAACAUCGGUAACUCGGGCCGGAGUCGAUUAGCUCCGUGCUAACGGGAGGAGGAGCACACGGGCGGAGACACACACACAUACACGCACACACACACACACACACACACAUACGACAGUUAGCAAACAAUGCAAAGGCUUUUAUUGAUAACACUCUUCACACGAGCUCGGCCUCAGCUGUCCGCGUGCGUGUGCGUGUGGCCUUCCGGGUUCCCACCUGCCUUCCCUUUUUUUCAUUUUUUUUUUUUCAAAUAGUUAUUUUAUUGUGUCUGUAACGUUGGCUGUUUUUUUUCUUUUUUUUGUAUGCAUCGAUUAUAAAUGAGAUGAUGCUCCUUGCGACGGAAUUGCGCAUUUGGAAGCCACGUUUACUUGCGUGGUAGAAGUAUACACAUUUUAUGAUGCGAUCGCAGUUUUUCUGAAUACAUGUACAUGCGUAAAUAUGCAUAUAUGUGGCCCAUAAAUUAACAUAAAGGCGAUAAUUUGUGUGUGUGAUGGCACCAAAGACGUUGCUGUUGCACUUGACAGUAAGCCAGUGCGUUAUUCGGGGUUACCGCUAGGCGGCGCUGCAGGAUUAUUUUAAACUUGUUUUCCUCGACACUGAUUUCCUGUCUGUCUCCACAGGAGUGUUGACAACUUUCCCUCGAGCAGAAGUAGUAGUACCACUGUUUAAAAUAAAUUGAUUAUUUAUGUUUUUCGUCAUUUUAAUGUCGCAUCUUGUAACGGUGGAGCUAGUUUAAGUUACUUUAUUCUGCCUGUAUGACAAUUUAUUAGUGUAUUAAUAUUUGGGAAUCGUUCAUCUAAAUCUUGCAAAGUAGUUUAAGCUUUAACAUAAAUGUUGUGGAGUAAAAAACAGAACAAUACAAUAGUUUCCCCAUAGAUGUAUUGAAGUAUGAAUGUAGAGAACUCCAUGCACAAUGGUACAUGGUUACAUUCCAGCACUGCUUAUGAUUAUUUAAUGGUUUCACUGGGUUAUGGCUGUGACUGACUGGGACCGCAAGAACUCUGGUCCACGUCGUUUUGUUUUGAGUUCAGAAUCCGGUUUGUUGUCGAGUAGGAACACGCCUGGUUGUUUUGGUGCAUAACAAUAAACAGUAAGAGAAAGGAAAAAGAUUUUAAAGGCAAUACCGCAAAACCUGAGGAACAAGUAUAAACAAUAUAUUUUUUCCAAAUGAGAGAGCUGCUCCAGUUUAAUGCAGAAUGUGUACAAUAUUAUCCAGAGAAUGUGUAAAAGUUCACAGAAGUAUGGAGAUGUGCCAUGUACACAGAUAAUAAUGUUUCAAACUCUAGACCCCAGUCUUCCCCACUCGAGAGUGUUCGUUCAUCUCGGAGACUAAAUGCAACGGGACCAGGGGGCUUGCGGGCAUGAAGUGGCUGGGCGAAUCCAAGAACAUGGUAUUAAAUGGCAGACGACACGGAAACAAGUUGACCAGCGAGCAACACGUGAGCCAGACUCGCUCUCAGCACUCACAGCGGGCGUCCCUGCGCCACAACAAAAACAGAAGUCGACGAUGUAGCCGCCGGUUCAUCGCGGCCAGUCUGGAGGCAGAGAGGCGCUAUGUGCCCUCCUCGGGAAUGACCGCCAAGGAGUUGUGUGAGCACGACGACCUGACCACGGGCCUCAUCCUGGAUCAAUACCUGGGCUUUCAAACUCACAAAAUGAACACCAGAUUUCGACCGAUUAAGGGACGACAAGAAGAGCUGAAGGAGAUCAUCGAGCGCUUCAAGAAGCACGACAACUUGGAGAAAGCGUUCAGAGCUUUGACGACGGGAGACUGGUCCCGAAAUCUGUUUCUCCACAAGACGAAAGCUCAAGAAAAGCUCUUCAAGCAACAUGUAUUUGUGUAUCUGCGGAUGUUUGCCACAGACAGCGGGUUUGAGAUUCUCCCUUGUAAUCGCUAUUCGUCAGAGCAAAACGGAGCUAAAAUUGUGGCGACGAAGGAAUGGAAAAGAAAUGACAAGAUCGAGUACCUGGUGGGAUGCAUCGCUGAGCUUUCAGAGAGCGAGGAGAACAUGCUGCUCCGGCACGGCGAGAACGACUUCAGCGUCAUGUACUCGACCCGCAAGAACUGUGCGCAGCUCUGGCUGGGCCCGGCUGCGUUCAUCAAUCACGAUUGUCGACCAAACUGCAAGUUUGUGUCGACAGGACGGGACACGGCCUGCGUGAAGGUUUUGAGGGACAUUGAACCGGGAGAGGAAAUCUCGUGUUACUACGGCGACGGGUUUUUUGGGGAAAACAAUGAAUUUUGUGAAUGCUAUACGUGUGAACGACGGGGCACCGGUGCUUUCAAAUCCAAAGCCGGGCUGCCGGUGGAAGUGCCGGUGAUCAACAGCAAGUACGGGUUGCGGGAGACGGACAAGCGGCUCAACCGGCUGAAGAAGCUGGGCGAAGGCAACCGGAGCUCAGACAGUCACUCCGUCGGCUCCCACACCGACGUGGACUCUCAGGAAAUGCCAAAAACACAUCAAUCUGCCAGAAAAAGAACAUCGUCUUCUGGCCUGAAGUAUAAAAACAGGACUCAAUCCAGGCAGACUUUGUCGAGAGCCCUUACUACCUCAUGUUCAAAACAAGGUCGUGUGAACAAUAACAGGGUACCAAAGAGACUAACAUCCCCAUCAAAGCCUUCGCUGAGCAAAGUCCAGCUGCGGAGUCGCAGGGGCGGCGGGGCGGAGCCCGAGGCGUCGGCCAAAGGCGAGGCCUGCCAGCUGGGUCUCAGGGACCCCAAGGUGUCGCUGUGUAAAGGCGUCGCCGUGAAGAAGGAGAAGGACGGACAGGAGCUGAUGCAGCAGACGUUGGGCCAGCGGGGCUGCCUCACCCGUCACGCCGCCAAGGAGAAUGGCAAUCUACCGCACGGGCCGGGCAGCGAGGGCAGCCAGUGUUCCACGUACAGAACUCGCAGGUCCACGCGGACCCUCGUUAAGGCCCAGGAAACGGCCGCCGGCGUUAAGCUGGAGCCCAGCGCCAUGGACGGCUUGAGCCCAGUCCCCGGCGGAGUGGUCAUCAAGACGGAGCCGGCCGACCUGGAGGAGUACCUCGGCCACGGGGUCGACCUGGAGCAGCCGGCGUUGGACGCCGGCUACGCCAGGAGGGGCUCGUGCUCCAGGCGGAAGCGGCCGACGCGGCUCCGGGCCGAGCGGACGAUCAAAUGCGAGGGCUCGUACGGCGAGCCGUUCGCGCCAACUUCUCCGCCGCCGACCAACUUCUCCGACUGCGGGAACGUGCUGCUGAGCUUCAACGACCGGCACCGGGACUACAACGGGGUCUCCAACGGCGGCAAGUCCCUCCGCAGGGACAAGGGCAAGAGCGGCUGCCGGUCGCAGGACAAAGUGAAGAAGAAGCGCCAGAUCACGCGCUACGACGCCCAGCUGAUCCUGGAGAACAACACGGGCAUCCCCAAGCUGACGCUCCGCCGGCGGAGGGACAGCAGCAGCAGCAAGACCAACGACGCCGGCGACCCCGUGGGCUCCUCCAACCUCUCCGCCUCCGCGGUCAACUCGGCCUCUUCCAGCAAAAUCAGCAUCAAGUUCAGCAAGGACCACGACAAGGACAAGGCCGGCUCGUACAUCGCCAAGCUGAACAACGGCUUUUCCCCGACGGUCCACGGCGGCUCCGCCAAGCUGAAGAUCCAGCUGAAGAGGGAGGACGACGCGCGCAGGGUCUCCCAGUCCAAGGUGGACCAGGUGUCCUAUCGCGGGGGGGACACGGGCCAGAGCCUGGAGGCCAGGAACGGCGGACAUCGGACCCAAAAGGUCCUGGCCGAGCCGUCCUCGUCGUCGUCCUCGUCGUCGUCCUCCUCGUCCUCUUCGUCCUCGUCGUCGGACGAGGACGAAGAGGACGAGGAGGACGACGACGAGGACGACUACUUCGACAACGAGUUCGAGGACGAUUUCAUUCCACUUCCUCCGGCGAAGCGCCUCCGACUCAUCGUGGGCAAAGACUCCAUAGACAUCGAUAUCUCCUCCAGGAGGAGAGAGGAUCAGUCUCUGAGGCUCAAUGCAUAAGCUGUGGAGCUCAUCACUCCCCCCCCACCCUCCCCCUACCCAUGUAAAUAUACAGAUGACUCGCUAAUCAACUGUCGUGUUGAUGUAAAAGAAGUAAUUUAAAAACUAAAAAAAAUGCUGAAAAAUUCUGAAUGAAGGUGCUGUUGACUUAAAACAAAUAACUGUUGUUCACUUAUGUUUCCUUAUUGUGGGAAAAACAAAACAACAUUAUUUAAGCUUAAUUACCCGUUUAAUCCUGCGCACUAUUCUGACUUUCCUCUUUAUAGUUUCUGAAUAAUCUGACAAAGUGGACUAACGGGUAUUUGUUGUAAGUUCAACUCUUCCUUUAAGUGAAUGCACUUGUUAUAUUCAUAAUGGACAUGGAUAUAUUGUAGAAAGUGUACAGUAUGGUGACUAUCCCCUCUGUCUCAUAGGCAGGUUUUUAUGGAACUUUUGGAUUUCUGUCUUUUUUUUUUUUUUUAGUUUGUAAUUAUUUUAAUUUUAUUUUUUUUUCUUCUUUUUUUGCGUGGCGACCCACCCCCCACCCCCGGGUGCUGUUGGUCCGGAAGGCAUUAAUGAGAUCAGUCGGUUUCAGUUCAUUUGGAUCCAGGGUGCCAUGUUGCCAUUAUCCUGGUAAAAGAAACCACUUUUUUAUUUUAUUUCAGUAAUUCAUUAAUUAUCAACAUUAUUUACUGUGUAAGUUAAUCACCCUGUUGAGUCCAAUCAUGCAAUGUUUAUUACCACCCCCCCCCCCCCCCAAAUCAUAUUGUUCAUCAUAGAAAGAGCUGCAGUUUAGUUUUUUAUUCGUGUGUGUGUGUGUGUGUGUGUGUGUGUGUGUGUGUGUGUGUGUGUUUAUCAUGUGCUGCAGACCACUGACACGACGUCCACACAUGGUUUGCAUCAACGAUACAGCGCCAUCGAUAUGAUGGAGUUGCACAACAUUUUUAGUUUAUUUUGUCCCCCCUCCCCCCCCCCCUCCAGAGAGCGCUGUAAAUAAAUUACGUUAAUUAAGCUGCAGAGUUCCAAGAAAAAUAAAAAGCACACAUGGUUUAUUACUGUGUAAUGGUGACAUGGCACGCGUCAGACAUGAAGGCUACCUAUUUUAUUUUAUUUUUUAACCUGUAAUGUACAGAAAGGCCGACUCGCGUCCCUCAACCGAACAUCUAGUUUUCCUCUUAAAAGUCCAGUCUUACUUUUUUUUUUUU